AUGUCUGCGUUAAAUUAUAUGGAAUUGUGUAGAUUGUGUUUAGUUAAAGAUAGAGUACAAAUACCUAUAUUCGAAGGAGAAGGAGAUAUAAGGCAAAUAUUUCUCAAAAUAGCUGCUUGUCUUCCAGUCAAGGUUAAAAAAGAUGACAAGCUUCCAAAAAAAAUAUGUGAUGAUUGCAUGUACAAAGUCGAAAUGUUAUAUCAAUUUUGGAACACGACUGCUAACGCGGAAAAACAAUUAUUGGAAUGGCUUGGAGAAGCCGCGGAAAAAAAGACGACGACGACUCCACCUCCUCCACCUUCCGAACCAAACGUGAAACAAGAAAGUUUAGAGCAAGAUCCUUGCUCAGAAUUGGCUAAAAGUCUUAGUAGAGUAGAAGCUGUUUUGGCUGAAGCAAGAGAAGCAGAGUCUGACAAUGAGCCAUUUCCUAGUGGCAAACCGGAGACUGAUUCGGAUGAUGAGCCUCUCAGCUCUUUGGAACCCACAACUUUUGUCAAUGUCGAAUUAGAUGGAUCUGGUACUGGUACUGGUACGACAGAGUCACCCCAUGCAACUCAGGGAGAGUUCCUAGCGCCUGGUGCGCCCUCAACAAGUAAAACAAUUAAUUCGACUAAUUCGCAAACUGCCACCAGUGGGUAA